AUGAGGAAAGUUAAUGGAGAUACAGCUCAAGAUGUAUUCACCGAAGAACACAAGAAAAUGGUGGCGACAGGAGAAAAAUGGAUGAAAGACACGUCUGGAUCGUGCAUGGUGGUUGCGACCAUUAUCGCUACUGUAGCAUUCGCAGCUGCUUUCACUGUCCCAGGAGGUAAUAUUAGUGAUCAUGAAAGCCCUAAAAAUGGCUUCCCAGUUUUCUUGGAGAGGAACACAUUUGCAAUGUUUGCGGUAGCCAAUGCUGUAGCUCUAUUCUCCUCAAUCACCUCGGUUAUUAUGUUUUUAGCUAUCAUGACCUCCCGCUACACUGAAGAGGAUUUCCUGAAGUCACUGCCACAGAAACUGAUAAUUGGUCUUGCAAGUUUGUUCCUUUCUAUGGCCAGCAUAUUGGUAGCUUUUGGUGCAGCAUUUACCCUUGUUCUUAGAUUUCGAUAUCCAUGGGCUCCGAUUCCUAUAGCGAUCUUUGGUUUAAUUUCUGUGCUCUUAUUUGCUUUUCAAGAUUUUCCUCUAUUUCUUGAAAUGGUAAGUGUCACGUAUUGGCCUCAUGUCUUAACAGCAAAGAACCGCCGGCCUAUUUUAUCUGAAAAGGAAAGCCGACGAAGUUUUAAGCAAAGCAUUAAGAGAACGACCGAGAAAGAGAAAGAAAAAGAAGUUUCAAACAAGAUCUCUGACUCUGAAGCUGUUAAGAAAUAA